AUGUUUAAGGUGCCGCUUGUCGAGAAGUACCAGAAGGUGCGAUUCUGCUCUCAAUAUGGCGUACAAAGCGUCAAGAGAGAAUUUCGUCUUUGGCUGCAGAAGUACCUUCUCUCCGGAUUGGAAGAGGUGGCAAGGGAGCUCGUUGACGACGAGGGUUACGAAAAGUUUCGCAACUACCUGUGCAUAUUUCUCGAGGUCUGCUCGAAGAUAUUGCGAGAGACGUACGUCCUGUCGAGCACUUACACGUCGUUGCUGAAGAGCGACGCGAGGAAGAAGGAUCAAAAUCCGAGGUACGAGACGGACCACAAGACGCUCAAAUCACUGAAGGAUGCAAGGGAGAGUUUUUACAAGCACACCGAGGUUCAGAGGUCCUUGAAAUUCGAUGAAAAUGACUUCGUCGACAUGGGCAAUGGCAACAAGAUUUCCGGAGCAGAUGCAAAAGUUCACGAAAAUAUUUGCGGUUUUGGCUCAAGCCGAAACGAACGAGGAGCUGGAGAAAGUGCUCGUUAAAAUCAAUCGAAUGUUAAAUUUGGAUUACAAUAACAUCAAAAUUUAUUUCGAACGGCAUAAAAUGCCAAGGCGUCCGGAAUUUACGAGGGCCAACCACGAGCCAACGAAUUCCCCUCGGAAUUUUGAAAAGGG